CAUUCUAACCGCUUCCUACUUCCUGCGUCAAAACAUUCCGGUGUGUCUAUGCGGCUCUAACGGCGCUUUUCGGAUUUUCUGAGUGAUUAUGGCUGCGAACGGCAGCACCGGUUCGGCUACGGAGCCUCCGGGACUCGAGACCCAGUGGCGGGAGAUCGACAGCCUGAACCAGCAGCAGCUCCGGGCGGGAGACAGCUGGUAUUUGCUGGACAAAAGGUGGUUUGACCGGUGGAAAGAGUUUGUGCACACCGGGGACCAAAAUUCCACCUCCUACCCCGGGAAGAUUGAUAACACUCCCCUCUACGAAGAUCUGGAUUCCUAUCAUCUGAAAGAGAGGCUGUCGGAGAAUGAGGACUUUAUCCUGGUCCCAGCGGAAGCCUGGCAUAAACUGUUGUCGUGGUAUGACAUGAUGAAAGAUCAGCCUCCUUUGGAGAGGAAGGUUGUUGAUCUUCCCAGCACUGUUAAAGUAGAGGUCUACCCUGUGGAGAUCUACCUCUGUCUUUCUAGCAACCUGGAGAGCACCGUGCCUGCGAGCUUCAGUCGAGCAGACAAGAUACACGCUAUACAUCAAAAGAUACGGCAGCAUUUUGAUGUGUCGGAGACGGCUGAGAGUCGACUGUGGAUGCGGAGUACGGAUUCGAGCUUGGAGAGGCUACGCAACCUUAACAUGACCGUCCUAGAUUCCUGUCUCAGCUCUGGCAUGACGGUGAUUAUGGAGAUCAGGAAUGCGGAUGGUACGUGGCCCACAACCAGGCCUCAGAUCAUGCGGAACUCUGCUGACGAGGACUCGUAUCGAGGGCUUCCUGGAGUGUGUGGCCUCACAAACCUAGGCAACACCUGCUUCAUGAACUCAGCUUUACAGUGUCUGAGUAACACGCCGCCGCUGACUGAGUACUUUUUGAGGAACUCGUAUCUGGAAGAACUGAACUUCAGCAACCCUCUGGGCAUGAAGGGUGAAAUUGCAGAAGCCUACGCAGAUGUCAUCAAACAGAUGUGGUCAGGCAGGCACUAUUCUGUGGUUCCUCGGGCAUUUAAGACAAAGGUUGGCCAUUUUGCAUCACAGUUUCUGGGCUACCAGCAACACGACUCUCAGGAGCUGCUGUCUUUCCUGUUGGACGGUCUACAUGAAGACCUCAACCGGGUCAAAAAGAAGGAAUAUAUUGAACUCAGGGAUGCUGAUGGCAGACCUGACCAGGAAGUGGCUGAGGAAGCGUGGCGCAACCAUUUGCGGCGGAACGAUUCGGUCAUCGUCGACACGUUCCACGGGUUGUUUAAGUCGACGCUGGUGUGUCCCGAGUGCAACAAGGUCUCUGUGACCUUUGACCCCUUCUGCUACUUGAGUGUCCCCUUACCUGUGAGUAAGGAGAGAGUCAUGGAGGUGUUCUACGUAUCACUGGAUCCCACAGCCAAACCCACUCAGUAUCGUCUGAUUGUCCCUAAAGCUGGACGAGUGUCUGACUUGUGCGCUGCCCUCUCUCAGGCAACAGACGUCCCUCCCAACCAGAUGGCUGUGGCUGAUGUUUUCAAUCACCGCUUCUACAGGAUUUACCAGGCUGACGAGUCCUUAAGCUGUAUACUGGACCGGGACGAUAUAUUUGUGUAUCAGUUGAGCAGCGGCUGUGUGGAUCAGGACGGUGAAGAGGUGGUUAUGGCCGUCUACAUGCGUGAACGCUCUCAUUACAGAGAUUACGGUUCGGGCAGCAACAGCUACGGCACCUCCCUGUUCGGUCACCCUCUGCUGAUGUCUGUGCCACGUGCUCAGUGCACACGGGAAGAUCUCUACCAGCUCCUCCUGAAAAGACUAGCGCGAUACGUCCGUCCUCUAGACCCUUCAGAAGAAGUAGAGGAGGAGGAAGAAGAAGAUGAUGAGGAAGAGUUGUACAAGGCACAGACCAAUGGAGUUAGUGAUGAUGAAGGCGAGGAAGACUCUGAGGAGGCGGGGCCGUCCAAGAAAGAGGAGGAGACUCAAGAAGGCAAUCAGGCCGAAGAGCAAAACAACUGCCAAUCGGAAGCCAGCCCGAGCAGCGAGGGGGAGGAGAGAGCUGAGGAGGAGGAGUCGAGCAGCGAACCGGACCGGGGCAGCAGUACCGAGGAGGGCCAAUCGGCAUGCGGCAGCACUGACACCAACUCGCAAGACACCACUGACGGGGACCAAAGUGCAGGGGCAGAGCCUUCGGGAAAGGAGGACGAGGACGAGGACGAGGAGGAUGAGGAGGAGGCCGCAUCCUGCGCCCAGGCAAACAAGAGGCUUCCGGGAAGACGGCGCUACACGGAGAGGCGGAAAAAAGCCCUCUUUACCAUUCAGGCGGUGAACUCUAAUGGCACCACGGAGCGAGGGAUGGGAGAGGCGGACGGCAGCUUCUCUUUCAGCUCUCAGCCAUACGUCGCCAUCGACUGGGACCCUGACAUGAAGAAGAAGUACUACAAUGAGAACGAAGCCGAGAAAUAUAUAAAGCAUCAGAGCAUGGACGUCCCUCACCAGCAAACCACAGUCCAGCUGCAGGAAUGUAUAGAGCUCUUUACCACGGUAGAGACACUGGAAGAGGAAAACCCCUGGUAUUGUCCAACAUGUAAAAAGCAUCAGCUUGCCACUAAGAAACUGGAUCUGUGGUCUUUGCCGGAGGUUCUUAUCAUCCAUUUGAAGCGUUUCUCCUACACAAAAUACUCUCGAGAGAAACUGGAUACCAUCGUGGAGUUCCCCCUGCGGGAUUUGGACUUCUCAGGUUUCCUCCUAAAGAAGACAGUGAACAGUACUGAACCUCCCUGUAGAUACGACCUGAUCGCUGUGUCGAACCACUAUGGCGGACUCCGAGACGGACACUAUACUAGUUAUGCCCGUAACAAGGACAACGGCCAGUGGUAUUACUUUGACGACAGUAAGGUGACCUAUGCAAGGGAGGAACAAAUAGUGACCAGCGCCGCCUACCUCCUGUUCUACCAGCGCCAAGACAAGAUCCGCCAGCCCACCGUCCCUCCGCCCGCGCCCUCCUCCACCCAGCCCGAGAACCACGUCUCAUCCCAGACCCUCGACGGCGUGGACGGAGCGUCUUCCUGCGUCAGCAUGGAGACGGACUGAUUUCUAUCCUUUUGUCUUUUACACGUUCCACUUCAUUCUUUCUCAAUCUUGUCGCUUCCGUCUUUCUCGCAUACUGUCGAUCAUCUUAAUCAACGGAAACUUGAACCUCCGCCUCUGCGCCGGCUCCGACGGGAAGCGCGAGGCGGGGGCAACUCUCUCAGGCCGGUGCGCGAGCAUCGUGGGGUGGGAAUGCAGAUUUGUGUGGUUUUUUUAUGUCUUUGUGAUGAGCUGGAGGAAACGGGUUGGGCCGGUAGCGGCGGGUUCAGAGAUGGCGCGACGAUUAGCCUGCGUCGCUUCAGCGACGAUGAGAAUUGGAGGAAUGAGGUUUGCGCCGCAGCUCGUCAUCACUGACGUGCUCUUUAUUUUUUAAUUUCCCAAGCUUGCUUUUCUGAGCUAGCUCAGCUGCUGUCAUGUCAUGUUUGAUCUGAACGUACCGUUUAUCGCCACGAAUCGCAGCGAUGUGAUCGCGGGCGCCGUCGGCAGGGACGGUCGGGGUCGGGGUCGGGUUUCUCGUAUCAGGGACGCCGUGUUCGGAAAUCCUCCGAUUUCUGAGACGUUGUAAAAGGGUGGAGGUAAAUAAGACAUAGCUUUCUGUCCACUCACUCGUGAGCUAUUUAUUUUCAUAAUUGCCAGAUGCUAAUGUGGAGAGAGAUUGUACUUCUGAAGAGCGGCUUCUAAAGAUCUUCCAUUUUUAUUUUCGUUCUCGUUUUUCUUUUUCGUCCGUCGUGAGGUCUGGGAAAGCCACUCUGUUGCGGGACACAAACGGAGGCCUGUUUUCCAGCGAGAAUUUGCUUUUUUAUCGCAAUCGGAAGAAAAUCUACAGCAGGAUUUAAAUACGACUUUCUUUUGACUAAUCGCGUGCAAUUUAUAACAAACUCUGUGGAGCGAUGAGAAUAUUUCAGCAAAGUGCUUUCUGGAUAGAGCUCUUUACGUGAUGAUUUUUAAGGCACCUCUGUACAGUAUUUUUGUAUUGUAAUAAAUGUUGUAUUAUCUUUGAUCGUUUGGAUCAGAUCCUGGGAAUUGGGGGAACUUCCAUUUUAUUUUGUUAAUUAUAGAUUGAAUAUAUAAUUGUAUACACACUUUUGAUAUGAAUAAAUGCUGACUGUAAAUUUGAGGUUAGAUUGGACACA